AUGAUGGACGAGGACGACGCCGAUUACGAACGGGCCACCCGAGGCAUAGAUGAGGUCGACGUCUUGGAUUCACGAGGCGAUCUACAUUUGCAAGUCGGUGGGGACGUGGAAAAACAGCCAAAAACAUACCUCGUGUGCUCAAAGUCCCUCGCCCGGGUGUCGACGGUCUUUGAAAAGAUGCUGUAUGGCGGCUUUGCUGAGUCGAGGCCCACGGACACCGCGUACAGGCGCUGGACGGUCGAGCUUCCAGACGAUCGCCUGGAACCGACGGAGCUGCUGCUCCACAUCGCUCACGGCCGCUUCGACAGGGUCCCCGAGCAGCUCGAGCUCACCCGGCUGUACCAGUUCCUUGUCGUCAUCGACAAAUACGACGCGGCCGGGGCCACGCGACCGUGGGCGCGAGGGUGGCUCGAGUUCGUCCAGGAGGCCACGCUGAACCCGCUGCUGUUGGGGGUCGCCUACGAGUUGGGCCAUCUGCCGACGUUCGAAAUCAUGAUGCGCAAGAUUUCCGACGAGUGCCUCGUCGACGACGAUGGGGACCUCGUCUUCGGGUUCGCCGGCGACAAUAGAGAGGCGUACUCAUACAAGCUCCGCAACAUUGAGUAUCUGGUCCCGCCGGGUCUACUAGAGGACACGGCGUCGACGCGCAUGAAGCUCCUCACGACGAUGCUGGAACCCUACGCAAGCCUCUACGCGACGCUCAAACACGGCGACCGCUGCCAGUCAUCGCCGCAGGACCCCACGUCCGGCCGGCGCUGCGACAGUAUCCUCCUCGGCUCGCUCAUCAGGUCCUUCGCGGCGCAGGGGAUCGACCUCGCGGCCCCGGACCCCGCGGCGGCUUACCGCGGCAGCGCCGCCACCCUGCAGGCCAUCCUGCCGCGGCUUGAGCUAUACACGUCGCAACACCCCGGCGUGCUCAUGACCCUGCCGUCGUCACCGCUGCCGUCGCCGUUCGGGCAGCCCCCACUCCCGCACUUCGAAUUCGCCCCAGCCGCGUGCGAGCAAGAACUGGAGGCGGCCUUGCGGGACGGCCUCGAGAGGUCGCUGGUGCUAAAGGGCCAGGUGAUCUUCUCGCAGCCCAGGCACGGCGAGUAUCUAUGGAAGCAGGCGUCCAAGACGGGGUUGACCAAGUAG